UCCUUCGACGAGGAAAUGGAUAUCCGUUUUUUUUCCUUUUUUGGUUCACAACCAAAACCCUAACCCAAAUUUAGAUAAAAAAAAGCCUCAACUGAAAUUCCAUCACCAUUUUUCUCAGGAAUCUGCGGAUUUCUGAAGGGUUCCUGCUUACUAUUUUGAAUCGGCGCGACGGACUGUCGAUCCGUCCGCGCAUCAUUUCCGACAUAAAGAGAUGCUGAAAGAGCUUAGCAUAAAAAGCAUAACAGUCAGAAAAUUUUCCAGCCCUUUGGUGAAGGAGGAAAGAAACCAAUCUGAAACCUGAAGCAGCAAGGCAUUUGGUUUGAAGGUUUCAAAUUCAGAUAAUUGAAAGGUUCUCUGUCAUUGUAAAUUAUUGCCUCCCAGUGAAUUGAGCACCCAGGGCUUCCUUCUCGAUGAGGACCCUUUUGGGCCAUUGCAUUUAUCCGAUGGCGGUGAUAUACCGUGAGUAUUGUGAAAUUUUAUCAUCAGGUGAUUCUCUGGGAAAGCUGAAAGCACCUUUGGCCGUACUUUCAGCAUAUGCAGAAUCCGAAGGUCAAACUGGGGUUGCUGCUCUUGAUGGACUCCGUAGACUCAAGUCAGAGCUGGACUCAUAUCUGUUGGAUUCAUGCCAUUUCUCCUGCUUUUAUCAAUUUGUUUACUUCAUUUGUCGGGAAAGAGGCCAAAAGAAUAUCCUUGUAAGCACAGGGAUUGAGGCGUGGAAGCUGGUUUUGACUGGAAGGUUUCGACUACUUGAUCAAUGGUGUGGUUUUGUAAAGGAACAUCAACGCCACACUAUCUCUGAAGAUACUUGGUUACAAGUUUUGACCUUCAGCAUAGUUGUGCAUGAAGAUCUCGGCAAUUAUGACCCUGAAGUUUUCAUCCUCAUAAUAUCAACAGGUUCUUGGCCUGUCCUUAUUGAUGAAUUUGUUGAGUAUAUGAUAAGGUAUCAUGAUUGCCGGAAUGUGCUUAACAACUCGGUGCACAUUCAGGGGCUACCCUAUGAUUCUGAAAGUGGGUAUGCAGUUGAUUCCAAGUCGAGUUCUAUAUGUGGAAAUAGUGUUCGUGUUGGAUGCAAGAAGCGAUGGUUAUCAUCCCAAGAAGAGGCUAGUCAAGUAGAAUCUGUAAAUUGUAUAGCUCAAAGGCUUGCUAGGAUUCCCAGUCCAUUGUUCUCCAAGCGCAUUCGCUCCAGCUAUUUUACGCCGGACUCUGAAUCCAUGGAAGUCAACUGACAUGUGGUGAUCAAUGUAACAACAUUUCAGCUAUCAGGGAAAUUCAACUUCAGCCUUCCAUCAGAGUGCGUGCUACUCCCGCGUAUCAAGAAGUGAAAGCCACAUGGAUGAGAGGGCCUUCAAAUGAUCCUCCAAUGUGAGCACAGGUCGGUCAAUACCACUCAAAAACAAGGCCGGAGUAAGAUCCUUCAAUGCUGUUGCGGCAGAGCAAUUGGUUCUGACAUAUGUCUCAGACACAUUGUCAUUCUAGGAAAGACCUUAAUUUAUCUUGUAUCUUUUGUUAUUAAUUUCCAUCCAUCUAGUUGUCUUUCUCUGUAUUGUAUGCGUUUCUUGUAUAUUUCAGAUGUAGCUUCUGAUAUUAUUCUAACUGUUUGAAGUGCCUCAUUGCAUUGGAUUUUCGAGGGUUGAAA